AUGCUGCAACGUGAAUUGAACCUCGGAGUAGUCCAUGGAGGCCUUGUCCUAUCACUCACCGACACCCUCGGUUCGCUGGCUGUCGCGACGCACGGACACUUCAUGACAGGUGUGUCGACGGACAUCGGGACGUCGUUUGUUCGGCCUGCUGGACGGGUGGGAGAUAUCCUGCAUGCUAAGGCAGUUUUGACGGGCAUGGGGAAGCAGCUCGCUUAUACCCGCGUGGAUUUCACGAACCCCAGAGGAGAGCUGGUCGCUUAUGGAUUUCACACCAAGUAUGUUGGCAAGUCGAACUCACAUGCAGAAAACGUAAAAUUCAGCGAGGACGGCGAGACGGUCAUUGAGGGUGUGGACAAGAAUCUGGACGUGGAUUAA